CUCAACAAUUAUAUACAUCACGAAUGCAAGAAUAGCCCACAUGGAGUAACGAUUUCCCCCUAUAAAUUGGAGGCAUUUUCCUUCUAAUUUUCAUUACAUUCCAGUAGCUCUCCUUAGUCAUUAGGUAAGAGAAAAAAAAGGAAAAAAAAAUACUAGAGAUAUGGAAGGCACAUUCUCUAAUCGUUCUUUUAAAUCCCUUCUCGUUCUUCUUGCCCUUAAUUCCUACAUAUAUUUUAGUUCAGCUGGUAGGCAAAUUGCCCCACAAACCGGCACUGAGUUUAUCAAAACAUCUUGUAGUUCGACAACUUACCCAAAACUUUGUUUUGAUUCUCUCUCAACCCACGCUAGCUUGAUCCAGACAAGCCCUCAGCUCCUCGCCUAUGCAGCCCUCAAUGUGACCCUUUCAACCGCCAAAUCAACCUCCACCAUGAUGGUAGCACUUUCCAAUAGCCAAGGAUUGAAGCCUAGAGAGAUGGAAGCCAUGCAAGAUUGUGUGGAGGAACUGAGCGACACGAUAGAUGAGCUCCGAAACUCAAUUAGAGAGAUGGGUCAUAUAAAAGGCUCCAAUUUUGGACUAAUGAUAAACGAUAUCCAGACUUGGGUUAGCGCUGCUCUAACAGACGAGAGCACCUGCAGUGAUGGAUUUCAAGGGAAUAAUUUGAACGGAAAUGUGAAGGCUGCUGUCAGAACCAAGAUUGUAACAAUCGCUCAUUUGACAAGCAAUGCCUUGGCUUUGGUCAACAAUUAUGCUUCUCUUCAUGGUUAGAUUACCAUG